AUGGAACGUGGUAAUGGGUUCAAUCGUUUCUACAAGCAAUCAAAAUCAAGUUCAGGUAAGGCAACACAAAAAGGGGGUAAUUCCUCAAACCCCACCACCGCCACCACCAACAACUGCAGCGCUGCCAACUCAAACAACAUGCUUCCACCGUGUACGGUACGUGAACAAGAUCAAUACAUGCCGAUUGCCAACGUGAUCCGAAUAAUGCGCCGCAUCCUCCCGACGCAUGCGAAAAUCUCCGACGACGCCAAGGAAACUAUCCAAGAAUGCGUUUCGGAGUACAUCAGCUUCAUCACCGGGGAAGCCAACGAACGUUGCCAACGCGAGCAGCGCAAGACCAUCACUGCCGAGGACGUGCUUUGGGCCAUGGGGAAGCUGGGUUUCGACGACUACGUCGAGCCGCUCACCGUUUUCUUGAACCGGUACCGGGAAAACGAGAACGAAAGGACUUCACUGCGCGGCGAGCCGAUUUUGAAGCGUGGGAUGGACUACGGAUCGUCGAUGAGAAUGGCGCCGCCUUAUGUACCGGCUGGUUUCCAUGUGGGACAUCACCAGGGGAUUUUCGAUGGGACGAACGCCAUGGGAGGAUAUUUCAGAGAUGGUUCUAAUGGUAAUGCUGGAGGAGGAUCAUCUUCUUCACAUGCUUCUUUGACAAAUAACUUUGAUCCAUUUGGUCUGUACAAGUGACAAGAUCAAGAUGAACAAAAAAUG